AUGCCCGAAGAAAAAAAAGAAAUCCUUGUUUUUGGUCAAAUCUACUAUGCGCAAGACCUCUAUGCCAGGAUGAAGGAAAAUUAUACUAUGAGAGAAUUUACGGAAACGCGAGAAGCAUUCCUUGAUUCAUCUGAUGAGACGUCGUACGAUAACGUUGUUGGCGUGUUACUCGCUAGAGGAGCCGAUCAGAUUAUAACGAAAGUUGAUCACGAAAUAAUUAAUAUACUCUCACUCGCAGUUACAGCAAUCAUUGUCAUGGGGGAGGCAUCGAAGCUGGUGGAUUUGAAGGCUGCCACUGACAAUGGGAUUUUUGUCGCUGAUACUCAAAACGACCCAAAAAUGGAGUCCCCUGAAGUACCCAAUACCGAUGAGUGGGAAGAGAUCCUAGCCCUAGAAAACCUUGACUUUGCGCUCGUACUGGGCGUUCCAAAGAACGUUCUUAACAACUUUGACGACGCAGCGGAGCGUGCCGCUGAAAGAGCAGGAGAGAUUGUAGCGGGUGGUGCCGAAGGAUAUGAACUAGACGUGACGGAUAUCGAGAUACAGAUUUAG